GUUGCGCCCCCAGCACCGCAGUCAGGAUCUCCCUGUCCCUCCUCGCCUCGGCCGCGACUCCCACUUGCUCUGCUCGCCGAUCUCCAUCCCGCGACCAGCGGCCGCCGCCGUCUUGCCGCUUCCGCCCCGCCGGUGGGUUGGUCUUUGCUGCUUUCGGUGGGCGUGUCUCCUCCACAGGCCAUGGCAGAAUUCUCCAAGGAAUCCUGCCCUUCUGUUAAGAACAUUUUGCUUCUGGAUUCUGAAGGGAAGCGUGUUGCUGUGAAAUACUUCUCAGAUGAUUGGUCUAGUAAUGCCUCAAAGUUGGCCUUUGAAAAGUCCGUUUUUACUAAAACUCUGAAGACAAAUGCACGCUCAGAAGCUGAGAUAACAUUAUUUGAUGGCUAUAUUGUCGUUUACAAGUUUGUACAAGACCUUCAUUUUUUUGUCACUGCUGGUGAUGAUGAGAAUGAGCUCAUUAUAGCAAACGUACUACAGGGCUUCUCUGAUUCUGUUGGUCUUUUACUCAGGGGUGAUGUUGAGAAGAGGACUGCACUCGAGAACUUGGACUUGAUACUUCUCUGCAUUGAUGAAAUUGUAGAUGGCGGCAUAAUUCUGGAAACAGAUGCAAAUACCAUUGCCGGGAAGGUUGCAACUAAUGCGGUUGAUGGUUCUGCCCCAUUCUCUGAGCAGACGAUAUCUCAGGCUCUAGCCACUGCUAGGGAGCACCUUGCAAGAUCUCUGCUCAAGUGAUCGACUAUCCUUUACCUUUUGACCUCUUACAAGUUACAACUUCUCUGCGUUGAGGAUUGGGCGAGUGUAUGUUGAAGCAUGUAAUUGUUACCUAUUACUCACAAUAAGGUGUAAUUGUGACAGAAAAAACAGAUGAAUAUGAUAUAAUACUGAUAUUCGGAUU